AUGUAUGCAAUGCAGCAUCCUGCUCCGAAAUUAGAUAGUGCCACGGGAGUGGAGAGAGGUCCUGGCCCAAACCUACCUCCAUCAUCAACGAUCAACCAGGCUACCAAGGUGGAAGGGUUUCCUUUUCCGGACCUCGCCACAUCCCCUUCGAUCUACUCUCGGUCUCCAUCACGGUUAUCGUUCUUCUCCAAUGCCGAGUCUGAGUUCCCAAUGACUUCGGCAGAAGCCUUUCGAAACGACAUAAUGCUCAAGUACUUGCAUCAGCGCCAGCUUGAAAAAAACUGGAAUCACAAAAGCUACGAGAACCACGGGGUGGUCUUGAGAAGGGGCAAAGAUGACUUCAUCUGCAGACCCGAACAACUUCUCUCUCUGACGGGCGGGUUCUACGACCAAGUAAGAACACUCAAUGUCAAGGUGGCGAUAACCGUAAAGACAAGUGUCAUUGACACGUUUCUAAGUACGUCAACACUCCCGUACUUACCACUGGCCGACGGACGCCGCAUUCAAGUUCUACCAUAUAUAUUCAGCUUAGCCCGGUGCAAGAAGCAUCAGAUGGCAGCAUUUAUUCGACAAUCAGGUUUACUUGUUGUCUGGCACAAUGACCCGGAAAUGAUCAUCAGUAGUGCUGAGUCAAUUGAACAACAGCUGGUCCAGCUUCUAUGGAAGAAUCAGAUUGCUAUCUCAGAGGCAGAAUAUUCGUGUUCAGAGUCUUCCAUUGUUAUUGGAGAAGGUCAAGGUCCUAUUGCUGACGGGUCCAGCCCAGAGCAUUUACCGGCCAAGAGGAAGAUCAUGCUUUAUCAGCCACUCUUAACAGGUCUCACAGCGGCAUUAUCUAUUUUCUGCAUCGGAGUAGGUUGGCGACAGGUUGCGAUUGAAAUCAAAGUCGAUUCUUCCACGAGACGAUUAGCCUUGUUGGCAGUGGUCCCGGCUCAGAUCUGGCUGGGUUGGUUCUUUUUCCAUACUCUCGUGAAUGGGAUUGCUCAGAUGAUUGGUCCAGUGAAUCAAGUUGGUGCAAAUUCAAAAUCCUACAGUGGGGUGAAAACUGCGAGGUUAGCCACAGAAAACCUUCCUCAUGUGACCAUUCAAUGUCCAGUCUACAAGGAGGGGCUGUGGGGUGUCAUUGACCCAACAAUGGUAUCACUUCGUACCGCAAUAUCAACCUAUGAAAUGCAGGGAGGUUCAGCAAAUAUAUUUGUUAAUGAUGACGGCAUACAACUCCUGUCGCCCGAGAAAGCUGAAGAACGGAGGAAAUAUUAUGAUGAGCAUUCUAUUGCUUGGGUAGGCCGUCCGAAGCAUGACCCUGAUGGCGAACAGCCAUUUAUCCGGCCUGGGAAAUUCAAGAAAGCGUCGAACAUGAACUAUGCGAUGGGAGUUUCAGCAAGAGUUGAAACCAAGUUAGCAGCUAUCACGCGUGGCGAGAACUGGUCAGACUCAGACGAGGAGGAAGCUUACCGAGAUGCACUUGUAGAAGUGAUAGCGGAUGACAGUGGUCGAACUUGGGCGGAAGGCGACAUACGAAUCGGAGACUACAUUUUGAUCAUCGAUUCUGACACUCGAGUUCCUUCGGAUUGUCUCCUCGACGCAGUCAGUGAGAUGGAAGAAAGUCCACAAGUGGCCAUCAUUCAAUUUUCGUCUGGUGUUAUGAACGUCACAACCUCCUUCUUUGAAAAAGGGAUCACCUUCUUCACGAAUCUGGUUUACACGGCCAUACAAUUUGCUGUUGCAAACGGAGAUGUCGCACCCUUUGUUGGACAUAAUGCUAUCCUACGGUGGAGUGCCGUGCAAGAUGUCUCGUGCGAGCAAGACGGCAGAGAGAAAUACUGGUCCGAGGACACCGUAUCGGAGGACUUCGACAUGGCCCUCCGGCUCCAAAGCAAAGGCUACUCGCUGCGCUUCUCGACAGUCCACGGCGACCAAUUCCAAGAAGGCGUGUCUCUGACCGUCUACGACGAGCUCGCACGCUGGGAGAAAUACGCGUACGGUUGCUCGGAGCUCAUCUUCCAACCCUUCCGAUACUGGCCCACGCGCGGACCCAUCACCCCUUUAUUCCGACACUUCAUCGCGUCCAACAUGUCGCUGAUGUCGAAAAUCACCGUCCUCUCCUACAUCGGCACGUACUACGCGAUCGGGUCGGCCUGGCUCCUGACCGUGCUCAACUACUUCCUCGUCGGCUGGUACAACGGCUACCUCGACCACUACUACACGGACAGUUUCCGCAUCUAUUUCAGCAUCGUCGUCGUGUUCCAGGCCCUCGGCACCAUCUCGUUGAGCGUCCUGCGCUACCGCACCACCGACUGCAGCCUGGUCGGCUCGUUCCUCGAGAACCUCAAAUGGCUACCGCUCCUCACGAUCUUCCUCGGCGGCAUCUCCAUCCACGUCAGCCAGGCCAUUGCGUCGCACAUGUUCAGCGUGGAUAUGUCGUGGGGCGCGACGGCGAAGGAGGAGACGAAGACGACCUUCUUCAAUGAAAUCCCGACGAUUUUCCGCAAGUUCAAAUUCACCUUUGCGUUUUGCGUACUAAUGGUUAUCUGUAUGGUUGUGGUGGCCGGGGUCGGGCCGCUGGGUGGUUUGGUGCCUUAUUCUUAUCAGAUCACGAAUUUCACGGCCAUCUGGCCGUUGAGUACCGUGGUCGUCUUUCAUUUUCUCAUGCCGCUGGUGCUUAAUCCCGGGUUGAUGCAAUUUACCUUUUAG